UCCUGAUUGCUGGGGUGAUCUGUAGGAUUGUAGCCUCUGGCCGCCCUGGUCGCGGGGCAGCGUCCUGCAUCCGAGCUCCUUCCAGGCUCUACUAAGCCAGAUCUGGGCCUCUCUGAGGAAGAAACUGAAGUGAAAAAGAAGUGACUGAAAAAGAAAUUAAGGAACGAUUUGAAGGAACAGAUUCAUUUCUUAACAAGAUCAAGUUUGAAUUAAAUGGCUGAUAAACAGAUCAGUUUACCUGCCAAGCUGAUCAAUGGAGGGAUAGCUGGGCUGAUUGGGGUCACCUGUGUAUUUCCCAUUGACCUGGCAAAAACUCGCCUGCAGAACCAGCAGAAUGGCCAGCGGAUGUACACCAGCAUGUCUGACUGCCUCAUUAAAACAAUUCGGUCGGAAGGCUACUUUGGCAUGUACAGAGGGGCUGCAGUGAACCUGACUCUAGUGACCCCAGAAAAGGCUAUAAAACUGGCAGCCAAUGACUUCUUCCGGCAUCACCUCUCCAAAGAUGGGAAAAAGCUGACACUGCUGCGGGAGAUGCUGGCGGGCUGCGGCGCGGGUACCUGCCAGGUGAUUGUCACCACUCCCAUGGAGAUGCUUAAAAUCCAGCUGCAGGAUGCAGGGCGAAUUGCGGCACAGAAGAAGCUGAUGGCAGCACAGGCCCAGCUGUCCUCUUCCUCUGCGGUGGGGUCGGCUGAGCCAGCGGUUGAAAGGCGCACCACAGCAACACAAAUAACAAGGGAGCUGCUGCGGAGCAAAGGCAUUGCGGGACUCUACAAGGGCCUGGGAGCCACACUGCUAAGGGAUGUCCCAUUCUCCAUUGUGUACUUCCCACUGUUUGCAAACCUGAACAAGCUGGGCCAGAAAGACCCCAAUGUCAAGGCUCCGUUCUACGUAUCAUUCCUCUCCGGAUGUGUGGCUGGCAGUACAGCUGCGGUGGCUGUCAAUCCUUGCGAUGUGAUUAAAACGCGGCUACAGUCCUUGCAGAGAGGUGUGAAUGAGGACACCUACUCAGGAAUCCUGGACUGCACCAAGAAGAUCUGGCAGAAGGAAGGGCCCAUGGCCUUCCUGAAAGGGGCAUACUGCCGAGCCCUGGUCAUUGCUCCUCUCUUUGGCAUCGCACAAGUCGUCUACUUCAUCGGCAUUGCGGAGUUCCUGCUGGACAUGCUCCCCAAGCACCGAGCGUAGCCCCGGCACGCCUGUGUGUGCCCUCCCGCCCUCUGCAGCGCUGAAUUCAUCUCCGUGUUCAUCAUCCAUGUCGACUGAUGUCAGAGCAACAGCACAAAGAGUUCGCGCAGGGACGCCGAGGGGAUGUGGUUUCCAGACGAGCAAACACAGGCAGGGGGAGAGUCCCUUUUCUGUCUCGGUCUGGAACCUGCCCCCUCCUGCUCCUUCCACGGACAAUACCCAAUUAUGCAUAUCUUUUUUCUUUUUUUUUUUUUUUCCCUUUCCUUUUUUUUUUGGUUUUUAAAUUGUCAUUCUUAAGGACACUGGUAAGCACAGGCUGGGCUUGCAGACGCAGAAGUCUCCUCCCAGCCUUGGGGAGGAAGAGGGAUGGGAAGGAGAUAACCUUGAAGCCUCAUCCACCCCAGUCCCCCUCUUUCUUCCUGGAGUUGCCAGCUAUCUGAGGAGAAGCUGGAGGG